AUGAGAUCAUCCACCGUGGUUGGUUCAUCGAAGAAGUGCGCGUUGGAUAGUGUUAAUCUGUGUGUCUCUUCCAAUGAUGAGGAUGACUACCUCAACUCAACGGUUGUUCCUGCAGUGCUUUUGAAGCGUUUGCAGUCGCCUGUUCUGGAGCAAGCAGGAAAUUCCUCGUCGGUGCGUGCAGCACUUGCGAAUGCUGAAAGCCAACAUGAAUCUGUAGCUGCGUUGCUUGAGCAGCUGAAGAGCCGUGAUGAGCAGGUUGCGGCAAUGCAGGCGAAUGUAAGCCGUUUGACUGCACAGCUGGCGGAGCUGAUUCGUGAAUUAUCCGACUCGCGCAAGGAGCUAACGUUGUUCCGGCAAGGUUCAGAGGCGGUGCAGUUAAAGCAGUCGACACAACAACAAGCACCAGCAGCUGCUUCUACCGAUGUUGUUUCUUCAUUCAAAGGCAAGCGUAGCUGUGGAGGUUGGCGGAUGCAGCAGAAGAAAGCGCAUAAGCAACAGCAGCAACAGCAGCAGCAUCAGCAGCAAUUUCGGAGGCAGCAACAGCAGCAGCCUCAGAGGCAGCAGUAG